UUCGUGUUUUGGGUAAUCGGCCGAGUACGCGCUCCCGACCUCGCGACCCGUGACUGAUUGGAUGGGCAAUAUCCGAGGUUGAACUAAAUAUAAAUGUCUACCGACCUGGGCUGCGUGGCGGCAUCCGGUUGCGGCUCAGGCAGCAUGCUCUCUGCUCGGGCCGUAAUCGAGGAAGCACAUGGACGGAGGAAUCGAUAGGCGACUGCCUUUAAAAAUUAGUGUCGAUGCCAUUCCUUCCCUCUUGUUUGGAUCUUCAUACACCAUUACCAUCCGAUCAAGCCUUGCCCAGAACCAUGGAUGCAGAAAAAGGAUAUCGCAAGGCGAUGGGACGCUUUUACGUCCCGGCUGAGCGAUGGAGUGUCGUGCUCAUACUUACCUGCCUUAUCGAAGCCAUCGUGGUUAUUGGUUUGGAAAGCUACCUCUUGAAAAACUUGACCAUACCUGACGCAUACGCAUCUUCGACGAUGCUCUCUACAUAUGUGGGUUUGUUCAUCUUUGCAGACAUCUUUAAGUUGUUCAUGGCUUGGGAUGCACUGCGAUUGAAGAAUGUUUUGCAGGCCGUUGGAUUGGUCUUCUGCAGUGUCGCCUUGACAGUCUAUGCCGUAUUGCAAUGGAAGCAGCUCGCUUGGCCGAUAGCCAACAAUGCGUGGGAACAGAGCGCUGAUAUUGGGGCGGCUAGAACUGUUUUUGAUACGUCGUAUCGGAUCAGCGUCUCCGUGGUUGUUAUCAUCUCAACAGGGACGUUACUCAUCGCAAUUAGUACCUACAAAAUCUUCCAUGACAGCGAACUUGCAUGGAGAUUGGCUAGGGAGCUAGGAGCCAGUCCAAGAAUCAGGAGGGUAUAUCAAUUGACUCAGAUUUACUCUACAUUACUCAAGAUCAACCUGUUUUUCGUGGCCGGAUUUUUAAUCCAGUUGGCUAUCAUUGUACCACUUGCCCAUCAUCCAGAGAAGAUCAUGACCUGGAUUGCUAUACCUGUUACCGUGGUGACCGUGGUUCUAGGUAUUUGCGCUGUGCGGUGGGAAGUGGUGUUUAUCAUGCUCGCCGUCGAGGUCCUUCAAUUAGGAGCGCUGGGUUACUUUUGCUACAAGCUGUGGCGAAUCUGGGCCCCUGAGUCGGCCGGCAACGAUGACCAUAAAAUUUAUGACGGCGUUAAGAAAUCUCUGACGGUCUUUGCCGUAACCGGCUGCAUACUGCUUCUCAUAACGUUUGGAAUGGGCAUUGUCUGCAUGCGAAACUUUAGAGAAGGGCUUCUGCAGGCGAUGGACCGUGCUCGGGAAAUACGUAGGCUCAGCCGGGCCUCAUCUGGCAGCCAAAGACUAUCAACAUUUGGUCCAGGUCGCACGUACAGCCUUGCACCAAUCGAAGAGGAAGGGAGACACCUGGCGCCAAGUCCGGUCGAUUCGACGUACUCGAAUCGCAUUCCUGUGGUGAUUGAGUGAGAGGAGGUCGGAGCAGGCGUUUGCAGGGUCAGCCGAGGAGGCAUGUAUUUUUAUACCCUUUAUCGCGUAUCGCUUUUUGGGGACUGUAGGAUUGAUCUUUGGGGUGUAUGUUUAGCAUCAACUUUCAUUAUUGAGCGAGAAGAGCGUUAUCACCAG